GCGGCGGCAUGAAAUACAAUCCGGUUUUUAUUACGAUUUUCUUGUAAUUUUCCAACUGGAAAGACAGUUUACGAAGUGGAAAUUCGGCAAAAGUGCAGAGAAUUUGGGAGAUUUCUGGGGAGAAGUGGAAAAUUUGGGGGAAAAAGAGGUGUGCGCCGGGAAAUUUUUGGUAUUUUUGACAGAAGGCGGCGGGCGCAGACGCAAACCCUGUUUCUCUUUGGCAGCUCAGUCGCGACGGGAGUGAAAAAAGAUAGUCUGCCUGCAAAUUAUGCAAUUUUCCCAGUAAUUUGAGGUGAAAAAAUAGGUGAAAAGGUGCAUUAAUGUGUAAAUGAGUGUCCAGUGUGUGGGGAAAUGGUGGAAAACCAGUGAAAUUGUGUGUGGGUGUGUGAUAAAAAGCGCCUGAGACAGAUUUUUGGUGUCGCUGAAAAAGGGUGCCUCUCUCCGGAGCUCUGAAUAUCGUGCCAUCUCAUUUGUGCACAUUGAAUAUCCCAUAGCGCCAUCUUAUUCUUGCUCGUGGCCUGAGUGCGGUUGUUUUUUUUUCGGGCUACAAUUAAAAUGGCUGCGACCAGUUUCAUCUCCUUUGUUUAGGACGGAUUGAGGAAUUUCGUGGGCAAUUUUGUUGGGAUUCCUGUGCUGUGUGACGGGAUAUUUGGUGGUUUAAUAGCAGUGGGUGCAUCAUGCCGAGUGCCUCAUUCACAUCUUCGAGAUCCUAUGUGAGGCGUUCACGGCGAAAAGGUGGAAAUCGUAUAGCUCUGCCAUCGAGAACAUCAGAUCCGUGUGAGCCACCGGGUCAGAAUAUUCCAGCACCACCGAAUGUAGGAUCGGGAGCAACGUCAUCCGGUGGUCCGUCGACAGUAGCAGCAACUGGAACGAGUGCUUCUAGCACGAGUCCAGCCACAAAUUCCAUAGCAACAAAUAGUGCUAUUCCUGGCACUAGUAGCUCAAGUAGUUCACCAGCUGGUGCAUCAGCUGCCACAACAUCAGCUUCCACAACGGCAUCCAUAGCCACGGCAUCGACGUCAUCUGGGCAUCAGUCGCCGUACGAUUUGCGCCGAAAGUCCCCGUCGGCGAGUCAUGAGGUGUCCGGAUGCAGCUGGAAUGGUCAGACACCGUCUAGCAGUCAUCACUAUCAGAGUACGUCGAUUGACGGUGGAUGCUACAUGCUGCCGGCACGAAAGAGACCUCGACGCACCUAUUCCACCAGCAUUGACACCUGUACCCCAUCAGCAGCCCAGUAUCUGCAGUAUGAAAUGCCGGAUGAGGUGCUACUGACAAUUUUUUCGUAUCUCCUGGAACAGGAUCUGUGUCGAUUAUCACUGGUGUGCAAGAGAUUCAACACCAUUGCCAAUGACACAGAACUGUGGAAGAGAUUGUAUCAGAGUGUCUAUGAGUAUGAUUUGCCACUGUUCAAUCCUGAACCCUGUAAAUUCCUCUUUGUGAAACCGGAGGAUUCAGAGUAUGGGAAUCCGUGGAAGGAGAGUUUCCAUCAACUCUACAGGGGCAUCCAUGUGCGUCCGGGAUAUCAGGAGAGAAAGUACAAGGGACGCAAUAUAGCCUAUUUCAAUACAGUCCAGGCAGCUCUGGACUACUCAGAUGAACGCACAACAGCUACAGGAGCUGCCACAGCUGCAGGAUUGGCUACAAUUAGUGUAUCAUCGGCAGGAUUGCCGGCUCUGGCCAAUGCUGGAGCUCCAGCUGGAUUACCUUCCAAUGCUGUCCUGGCGGCGGCCGAUGAAGCUUGCGUGGCUGAACAUCCGGGCAGUUUAAUAUUUCUCCAUGCUGGUCACUAUCGUGGGGAAUUUCUGGUGAUUGAUUCCGAUGUUGCACUGAUUGGUGCAGCUCCGGGAAAUGUGGCAGAGUCCAUUGUCCUGGAGAGGGAAUCGGAGUCAACGGUGAUGUUUGUGGAAGGUGCAAAGCACGCCUAUGUGGGACAUAUGACACUGAAAUUCUCUCCGGAUGUCACAUCAACGGUGCCCCAUCACAAACACUACUGCCUGGAAGUUGGAGAGAAUUCCAGUCCGACCAUUGAUCACUGCAUCAUCAGGAGCACUUCAGUUGUCGGGGCAGCCGUUUGCGUGAGUGGCGUGGGUGCAAAUCCCGUGAUUCGACACUGUGACAUCAGCGACUGCGAAAACGUUGGCCUCUACGUGACGGACUACGCUCAGGGUACCUAUGAACACAAUGAGAUUAGCCGAAAUGCCCUAGCUGGGAUUUGGGUGAAGAAUUUUGCCAGUCCCAUCAUGCGUGAGAAUCACAUUCAUCACGGUCGUGACGUCGGUAUCUUCACCUUUGACAAUGGCAUGGGAUACUUUGAGCGAAAUGACAUACACAACAAUAGAAUUGCUGGCUUCGAAGUGAAAGCUGGUGCCAAUCCGACAGUGGUUAAAUGCGAAAUACACCAUGGACAAACUGGUGGCAUUUAUGUGCAUGAAAAUGGACUUGGACAAUUUAUUGAGAAUCGAAUUCAUUCCAACAAUUUUGCGGGUGUUUGGAUAACGUCCAAUAGUAAUCCGACAAUUCGCAAAAAUGAAAUUUACAACGGUCACCAAGGUGGUGUGUACAUUUUUGGUGAGGGCCGUGGACUGAUUGAGCACAAUAAUAUCUACGGAAAUGCCUUGGCUGGCAUUCAGAUACGUACGACAAGUGAUCCAAUUGUGCGUCACAAUAAGAUCCACCAUGGUCAGCAUGGUGGUAUAUAUGUGCACGAAAAGGGUCAGGGAUUGAUUGAGGAGAAUGAGGUGUAUGCCAAUACGCUAGCGGGUGUAUGGAUAACAACGGGCAGUACACCGGUUCUCCGACGCAAUCGUAUCCAUUCCGGGAAGCAAGUUGGUGUCUAUUUCUAUGACAAUGGACAUGGAAAGUUGGAGGACAAUGAUAUCUUCAAUCAUCUGUACUCGGGCGUUCAGAUACGUACGGGCAGUAAUCCUGUGAUUCGUGGCAAUAAGAUCUGGGGUGGGCAAAAUGGUGGGGUAUUGGUGUACAAUGGUGGCUUGGGAUUGUUGGAACAGAAUGAGAUUUUUGACAAUGCCAUGGCUGGUGUUUGGAUCAAGACAGAUUCCAAUCCGACGCUGAAGCGCAACAAAAUCUACGAUGGACGCGAUGGUGGUAUUUGUAUUUUCAAUGGGGGCAAGGGGAUUCUCGAGGAGAAUGAUAUCUUCCGGAAUACUCAAGCUGGUGUACUGAUCUCCACGCAGAGUCAUCCAAUUCUCAGGCGAAAUCGCAUCUUUGAUGGAUUGGCGGCUGGUGUUGAGAUAACAAAUAAUGCCACAGCAACAUUGGAGUUCAAUCAGAUCUUCAAUAAUAAAUUUGGUGGAUUGUGUCUGGCCAGUGGUGUUCAGCCCAUUGUUAGGGGCAAUAAGAUAUUCAACAAUCAGGAUGAGGUGGAGAAGGCUGUGUCGGGUGGACAGUGUCUGUAUAAGAUAUCCAGCUAUACAUCCUUUCCCAUGCACGAUUUCUAUCGGUGUCAGACGUGCAAUACAACAGACAGAAAUGCCAUUUGUGUCAAUUGCAUCAAGACUUGUCAUGCAGGACACGAUGUGGAAUUCAUCAGGCACGACAGAUUUUUCUGCGAUUGCGGUGCCGGAACACUCACCAAUCAGUGCCAAUUGCAAGGGGAGCCGACCCAAGAUACGGACACGCUCUAUGAUUCGGCAGCUCCAAUGGAAUCUCACACAUUAAUGGUGAACUAGGGUCUUGUUAUAUUCAUCAUGAUUUGCUAAUUCACCGAACAAAAAAAAAUAGUAAUCGAAGAUAGAGGAAGAAAAAAAAAAUAUCAAUACACCGAGAGAAGAAGAAUUCUUCAGGGAGAGAAAAAAAAAGAGAAGAAGGAUACUCCGCAAAGCCCAAAAAAAAAUCCAACGCUUUUCCCUUGGACUAUUAUUAUUAUUUUGGAUUUCGCUGUAAGUUUGAGAGAUUAUUUUACUGCCUAAUUGAUUUUUAUUAAUGUCUAUUUUCUCAGACAUUUUAAAUACCUAUUUAACAAUUUUAAUUAUUGAACCAAUAUUUCGCUCUGAAAUAGGCUUUUUUUUAAUUUAAUAAAUUUAACUCAGUAUUGUGUUUGGUACAUUUUGCGGGUGAGAAGAAUUUACUCUCUUGAGAAGAUUUAUAUUUAAAACAAAAAAAUAUAUAUAUAAAAAAAUAAAAUGAAAGAGAGCAGACAUUUUAUCACUAUGAGAAUUAAUCUUCUAUCGACAUUUAUACAUUUAAAAAAAAGAAUACAAAAAAGAAGAAAUUAUAAAAUUUUGUAUGAAUGUGGUUUAGAUGUUUUUUAAUGUAUGGCCACAAUUUGCAAAACCUUUCUUCUUUUGUUUAUAUUUUUUUUAUUUGUCUGGGAUUAGUAUCAAAAGACUAAAAAAAAUAAUUUUAUAUUUUAAUUAUUUUUUUUUUAUUUAAUCUGUGAAUUAUGGGAAUUUUUGAAGGAAUAUUCCAAAUGUCUUUGAAGACAGACGUAAUAUUUUGUGUAAAUAAUUGACGAAAAAUUUGAAAGAUCAACGGAAAUAAAUUUGAAAAAAAAGAAAAAGAUUUUUUUCGUCUUGUAGAAUUCUAAAAUAAAUUGAUAGAAGUGGAGAAAUAUUGAGAAAGACAACUUUUAAAUUAAAAAAAAAUAUUAGGUGCCAACAAAUAAAUUCUAUUGAUGGAGAAAAAUAUAAAAAUAAAGGAUUAGGAAAAAAAUUAAAGCGAAAGUAAAUUGUUAUAUUUUCUUACGAUGAAUCUCAAAAUGAUAAAAA